GUGCAGCGAACAAAAGACAGGAGCGAUCGCGAAAACUCUGACGAAAGAGUUGGUGAAAACAGAAAAACACAGAUUUUGUAAUUUUUUAUAAGCAAUUUUAUUUUAUCCAGCAAAAAGGGCUCGAACGAAGUGUAUAAAGAAACAUUACUUCACGGCGCUUCAACGACCUUAUUUUUCGUAAUUUCAUAAUUUAUCGUUUUUUAAUCAUAUAAUUCAUCCGAGGCCAAAACGAGAAAGCCUCAUUAAACUUUUGAUGUUUAAAUUUUUCACGUCGUCAGUUCUACCAGUGCAGAAUGGGGUCCGUGAACUGGCCUGACGUGCAUACAUUGUGGAUGUCGCUGUUGACUGACAUGCAGAUCGUUUUCCUUACCUGCAUCACGUUCCUCCUGAACUGGGCUGUCAUCAUCGACCGCCUGUUCUUCGGAGCGCUGUUAAUGGUGUGUGGCGGGGUGCUGUGCUGUCUGGAAUGGUGCCACGAAUGGUUGAACGGGAUCCUCACCAAUAAACUGGCGCUGAAGCUGGUGCUGUCCAUGGGGCAUGAUGCGUGCGGAGAGUGCGAAGGGUGUCGCGCCCGUGCUGCGGUGCAUCCGAAGACCGCAAGUGGGCCGCUGGUGGUCUACAAGAAACCGUCCAAUGGCAACGUCGUCAUAACGACGAAGACGGAAAAACUGAGCGUGACGGAAUCGGUGGCCACGCUGAAAACCAAUGUCAUGCAGUUGAUUGAGAUGCCGGAAUUGUUAGAGCCGGAUGAAGCGGGGAAGGAGGAGGUGGUGCCGAAGUCGAAUGUCCCGGAAUUGAUGGCGUCAAAUGGAAGAAAGAAGAAAUCGGACGGCAGGCGACGCCGUUAAAUGGUAUUUUGGCGCCGCAGCGAAAGUUCAGUUGGGAUGGAUGUACGCAGGCAACGAGAUUGGAAUAUUGUUUAAAUGGAUGGGAUAAUUUGCAACUUUUUCAGUGUUCCUCUGCACGCUUCGUGUUUGUUACGUACUACGAGUACUUUGAAUAUAUUAGCGAUUUAUUUGAGAAAAGCUACCGCUGCAUGCGCUGCUUUUGGCUUGUGAUCGUGAAUUAAGCACAAAAUUGUUCGUAUUUUAUCAGUUGGUGACAGAGGCGUACUACUCGAGUAGUGUUUCAUAUUGAAAGGUUUGGAUUGUAUUUCUUUUUCGAGAUGCGCUGCAGCGGGGAGGGUCUUCAAUUAUUGAUAUAAUAAGUACGGUAAUUCACCUUAACUGCUCAACAAAAACGUGCUUUCUUUGUUAGUGCGAAGUGGUAACGUUAUAAUUUUCUGCACACACUAAGAGUACUUGUUUGACUGGGAGACCGUGUACGAUUGAUAAAGGACAAGUUUAUUGUUCACGCUUUGAUUUCUUGAUCGACUUUCAGAUACCGUUAUGAAUUUGUCAAUAAAAA